GGCGCGCGAGCAGUCCGUGCGCGCGCGUUGCUCCGACACCGCGUCGACCGAGCGCCGCCCGCGCCUCGCGUUUCCCGCCCUCGCAUUUACGCGACAAUUUUCGAACCCCGCGCACCCAAUUACUACAGUCAACUCUACUCCCCCUUCACCAACUAUUCAACCGAGCGCAACGAGUUCCCGCGUUUUUUACGAUAGAUUAUCGUAUCUGUGUUGUGAGAUCAUUUUUGAUAAGCUGCAAAAAUGAUUAAUACCAACCACACGUAAAUACUCGUACAUAAUAAAACCCAGUGAACUAUUUCAUUAGAAAUACAUCUAUUGGAGAAGCCAGAUAUAGUUAACAUAAUGGAAAAGAGCGAUUCAUUUGCUAUUUAUGAUAUUAAUAUCAGCGAUAAAGACAAAAAAGAUUCGAAUACGGAAAAAGUUUGCGAUGGAGACAAGAACCAAGGAACCCAGAUCUCGACUUUAAUAAAAAUUCAACGUGAGCGCGGGGAGCGCGACUACAUCGGGUUCGCGACGCUACCGGAGCAGGUUCACCGCAAGUCGGUGAAGCGAGGCUUCGACUUCACGCUCAUGGUGGUCGGCGAGUCGGGGCUCGGCAAGUCCACGCUAAUCAACAGCCUGUUCCUAGGAGACCUGUACAAGGGUCGGAAAAUACCUGACGUCCAAGAUAGGAUAGAGAAAACCACAACUAUAGAAAAGAAAACGAUGGAAAUAGAAGAGCGAGGCGUCAAGUUGCGUCUGACUAUAGUCGACACGCCAGGCUUCGGAGACGCCAUUAACUGCGAAGACUCCUGGAGAACCUGCUCGGGCUACAUCGACGAGCAGUUUCGGCAAUACUUCACAGAUGAGAGCGGGCUCAACCGCCGACACAUGCAGGACAAUAGAGUGCAUUGUUGCUUAUACUUCGUCCCACCAUGGGCUCACAGUGUAAGGCAGGUGGAUCUGGAGAUGAUGAGACGACUACACCGCAAAGUGAACAUCGUGGUGGUGAUAGCGAAAGCCGAUUCGUUGACGGCGGCAGAAGUCAAACGGCUCAAAGCGAGGAUACUGGCUGACCUCGAGGAUCAUCAGAUACAGGUGUACCAGUUCCCGGAGUGCGACAGCGACGAGGACGAGGAGUUCAAGCAGCAGGACCGCGAACUGAAGGCCGCGGCGCCGUUCGCGGUCGUAGCGGCCGACACCGUGCUCGAGGUGGGCGGCAAGCGCGUGCGCGGCCGACAGUACCCCUGGGGCAUCGUGGAUGUGGAGAACCCUCGGCACUCUGACUUCACGAAGCUCCGCACGAUGCUGAUCUCCACCCACAUGCAGGACCUCAAGGACGUCACCCAAGACGUGCACUACGAGAACUUCCGCGCGCAGUGCAUCUCGCAGAUAUCGCAGCACGCUAUGCGGGAACGCGGGAAACUGAAGAGGGAUUCGAUGGGCAACAAUAGCGAAGUAGUAAUUACGGACACCGACAGACUGCUACUGCAGAAGGAUGAAGAGAUAAGGCGAAUGCAAGACAUGCUCACUCAGAUGCAAGAGAAACUCAAAGCUUCCGACAAGAAACACGACAGUAUUAUAGAUGUAUAAAUUAUAGACUGCAAAUGUACCUCUAGCGUAGUGUUACAAUUAAUCUAUUUCACUUAUGUUCUAGUAAAAAUAUUAAGAACCUCUUUAGAAAAAUUUGAUGAAUUUAGAGUUGUGGACAUAUUUUUUGGUUUGUUUUUAAUAUCAGGAAGUACUAUGUAUUUGACUAAAAUGUACAGUUAGAGUGUAGAUACUUUCAACACAUGCUCACAGCAAUCAAUAAUAAAAUUACGAGUUUACCUGUACUGUACAUUACCUAUUUAUUUACGUUAUAUGUUGCGCUUCUUUUCGUGAAUCUCGUAUUAUACCUAUUUCUAAAAUACUUGCAUAAUACAUCUCAGGUCAUGUAUUUCAUAUUAUUUGCACGUAGCAUAUAGCAAGGAACCACACAGUACCUUAUACCUAGAAUAACUACUCGGUAUAGUCGGGAUAUUGUAAAGCAAUAUUAUUAGUUAUUAAUGCCAGAUUAUUAUCAACCAAGGCAACUUUCUUUUUAAUCCUUUACGCAUCACAUCAACACGAAUUACUAGAAUGCCAUUGCUCAAGCAAUUUAACAUACGAGUGAUGCUUAAUAAGAAAAAAAGAAGCAACAUCGUUAAUAUAAGCGAUGUCCAUUGAUCUGUCCGUCGUUCAAAUUUUAACCAAAGUUAAUAUAUAUGAUAAGAUCGAGAGAGCACUAUGUGCACUUUAUGUACCUAGUAGUUCAGUAGUACCUCAAUGCUAAAGUAUCAAAGACUAACGUUAAGUUGAAAAUUUAAUUUGUUACAGAAUUACUGAUAAUGCUUUUUAAAUAAAUGCCUACUAACGUUUCUUUCGUCAAGUUUACUAAGAUUUUAAAUUUUGUAUCGAUGUAAUUGUAUUAACAUUAACAGUAAAUUGAUACUUUACUUAAAA